AUGAGGACCCUAGAACGGAUUGGAGAUAUAAUAGAACGGCAGACUCAGGAGCGAGCUGCUCCGGUUGCCCAAGCCGUCGAGGCUGUUGCUGUUGCUAAUGAGAACCAAGGUCAGGGGCAAGUGGCUGCCAAUAGACCUAUGCAUCAGUUGGUGGAGCAGUUUAUUAAGUUGAAACCACCUAAGUUUUCUAGAAAAGGUGACCCGGAGGCUGCACCUAGAUGGGUAGAGGAGCUCGAGAAGGCUUUUGAGGUGCUAGAGUGUACUGAUCAUGAGAAACUAACGCUGGCGGUUUACCAGUUGCAGGAUAACGCGAGCGAUUGGUGGAAGGUCACCAAAGAUCGGGUUUUUCUGGAAGGCACAGCUCGGACUUGGGCUGUUUUUACUGAAAAGUUUUAUGAAAAAUAUUUCUUGGCAAGUGCUAGGGAGAAGAAACUAGCAGAGUUUAUGAGGCUCUGCCAGGGUCAGAUGACUGUGGAACGAUAUGAAAUGGAGUCCAUUUAA